UACGUAGGUUUGGAUUUCACCGAGGAGGGGUGUAACCGGACCAAUGCGCUUCAGCUUUACUGCCGAGUCCAUCAGCUGAACGACACCCGCUGAUCCAGAAUAUUGGCGUUGUGGUAUCAAGAUGGAUGCUGACAGUGAAGCCAAAGGUAAACUUAGUGACCAGGCGAUGCAGAACCCACAGGCACUUGCAGCUCUUCAGGACAAAAUAGACAGUGUCUCACAUAGUCCUUCCAUCAUGGAGAGUUUACCCAAGUCUGUGAAAAGAAGAGUCAAUGCCUUAAGGAAUCUUCAGGUCGACAGCACACACAUUGAAGCCAAGUUUUACAAGGAGGUUCAUGAGCUGGAGCGAAAGUAUGCUGCUCUUUAUCAUCCGCUAUUUAACAAAAGAAGAGACAUUGUCUCUGGAAAAGUGGAACCCACUGAGGAAGAGUGUGAAUGGCAGAGUGACCAUGAGGAUGAAGAAGCAUUAGCAGAAGAUUUAAAGACGAAAGCUGCAUUAGAAGAAAUAAAAGAGGAUGCUAAUGUGGAAACGCCCUCUGGAGUUCCAGAGUUUUGGCUCACCAUAUUCCGUAGUGUGGAUAUGUUGAGUGAUAUGCUGCAGGAACAUGAUGAACCAAUACUUAAACACCUACAAGAUAUUAAAGUAAUAUUUUCUGGACCUGAUCCACCGAUGAGCUUCACAUUAGAGUUUCACUUUGAACCCAAUGAAUACUUCACCAACACUGUCCUCACUAAAGUAUACAAGAUGAAGUCAGAGCCGGACACGGAUGAUCCGUUUUCAUUUGAGGGACCAGAAAUCAUCGACUGUGAGGGGUGUGAAAUUGAUUGGCACAAAGGCAAAGACGUGACUGUGAGAACAAUCAAGAAGAAGCAGAAACACAAAGGCAGGGGGACAGCGAGGGUCAUUACCAAACAAGUGCCCAAUGACUCCUUUUUCAACUUUUUCAACCCUAUUAAAGUGUCACCAGAGAAAGAAUUGGAUGAGGACGCAGAGUAUACCCUAGCCACAGAUUUUGAAAUUGGUCAUUUCUUCAGGGAAAGAAUCGUGCCGAGAGCAGUUCUGUAUUUUACAGGAGAAGCUAUGGACGAUGAUGACAGUUUUGAGGAAGAAGAACUGGAGGAGGGUGAAGAGGAGGACAAAGACGAUGAGGAUGAUGAAGAGGUGGGGGAUUCGAAUGCUAAGUUACAGGCAUAAGUCAUCCGCACCUCAUACAUUUCUAGAGUGGGGAUCCUAAGCCUGAGUGCAAACAACAGUAGUUUGGACUGCUUACUCCUGCCACUGUUAAUCCCUGUCAGCUCACCUAAAAUCAGCUCAAGUGCUGUGCACAGUUCCUGCAGAGCACACCAUUCUCACUGAACAACCACGACGAUGCAGUACAUUAGAAUGAAACCAAGUUUUUUUUCUUUAAAUACUGCUUCAAAACUCAACCUGUUGUAUUACAACUCUCCUAUAAAUAAAUUGGGCAAUUCCA